GAGGGGGAGGGGCGGGAUGCACUUGAUGCAAAGAUGCUGAGGAAAUAGACGAGCGGUGCGCCGGAGAAUUGUGACGAGACAACACACGCAACGAGGAGAGCAGGCGUUGUUGUAUCUUCCACUAUGGGCUGCUGGCUCUCCGGACCGUGGGUAGGCGACCCAGCGCUAAGCGGCGGGCGCAGUCUGGCGCACAUGAGUCAACGGGACGCCCUGCGCAUCCUUGCGGCGAGUCAGCUCCCCGUCACCAUGCAGGUCAAGAGUCAGAGGGGCCGCGGCGGUGUGGAGGCGGACCCCCGGGGCACCUGGGAGCCCCUGCCCCUCAACUUGCAGCACCUCAACCUGCCCCUGCCCAGAAUGUCAGCGGGGCUCAAUGCGUCCAGCCCGACCUAUCAGGACAGACAUUAUUUUGGCCACUUGUCUCUACCGCAAGACCACUGUGACAGAGGACACUACGGGUACCUGUCCAACUCUCCGAGGGACACUGUGGACAUGAGCCACCAGGAUCCAGAAGUGAGUGGGCGGCGAAGCAAGCAGCAGAACUGCCUGAUGGGAUGCUGCGACGUCAACCUGGACGAGCCCAAAGGCUACCAUAGCCAGACGGACGAUGACGACUUCAUGCUGGACAAGCCUCUGGGCUUCCUGCCCCUCCACCACGAGCUGGACAGCGGUCUGGGCUGGACCGACGGGUCCCUCCACCAAGGUGACCUCUCCGGCCUGGAGACAGAGGAGGCCGGCUUGGAGGACUGCCACUCCCACAGCGCCUUGGGCCCCGGCGGCUGUGGAGUCUUCGGACCCGGUGGCGGCGGCUCACCUUCCUCCGAGUCCUUCAUGUCGUCGGAGCUCAGCGACUCGGGCUUCUACAGCACCGGCGAGUUCCGCCACUUCCAGAGGAUGCUAGAGAAGCGCAUGCGGCUGUACAACGCCAGGCUGCAGCACCAGGGAGAGACGUGCGAGCGGCACGAGCGACGCGACAGCUGCCCCAUGAGCCACCGCGAGUUGCUGGAGGCCAUCCCCGAAACGCUCACCAUGCAGCCGCCGUGUCAGCGCAUGCAGAUGGAGAUGGACGAGGCCGCCGGGGCCGCCGGCUUAGACGUGCCAAACCGUGGACUUUUCAGGGUGUCAUCAGUCCAGUUCCACAAAGCGGACCGUCCCUGUCUGAACCGCCACAGCUCCAGCAGCGGGGCCCUCUUCAACCCCUCCCACGGCCACACGGCCCGUGUGAGUGGCCCGGUCCUCUCCACUUGCAGCACGCCCUCCAGCCACCGAAGGCCGCUAGCUCCUGUGCAGCAGCCGCACCACCAGGGUUCCGCCUCGCUGGGGAUGCUGAGGAGAAGUCGCACCCUGCACCACCGUCCCCCGCAGCAAGAGUACCGGCGGAGGGCCAGCCACCCGGCCUCGCCCUCCUACUGCGCGGCCACCCUGCACCACUGCGGAGGGAUCUCUCCUCAUGGCGUCCUGCAGGCCGGGCUACCGGAGGAAACCCAGAUGGGGGCGGCCACCGUAGCUUCCCCGCUCUCUGCACAGCGAUACCCAGUGCACAUCCGGGUGCCCAGCGCUCACGAGCUUCAUUACAAUGCCAACCCCAACCCCCACCAUGACUGGUGGCAGCAAAUGAGCUUGAUGCCUGACCCUCUGGCGGCGGAGCGAGAGGACCAAAUGCAACGGGAACAAAUGGAGGAAAGUCUGGAGAGAGAGGCACAGAUGCAAGAGGAAGUGGAGCGAGAGAUGCAAAGGAGCCGAGGAGGCAGGGAGCAGCAGCAACUCCAGGGGCCGCUCCACUUCACCCAGCCAGGCGACAUCAACGACACCUGGCCCAAGCCGGCGACUCGCCAGUCCCAGGGCGGCGGCGGAGGAGCCCGAGGCCUUUACAGCACCCUGGAGGGCCACAUGGGAGCGGCCCCUCUUUCUGCUUCAGAUGCAAAGAAAGACCAAGUGGAGGCGCUGCCGCCGACUUGUGGUGCCCAACCCAAAGCCAGCACAACCUCACGCGUAUCCAGGAACCAGCUGCUGAGGGACCGGGCGUCGCAGCUGGCUGACGAGCGCAGCGGGAUGAGCACGGACGAGGAGACCAGCGCCGACAUGCUGCUGGGUCGCUACUGGAGCCGGACGGAGAGGCGAGAACACUUCCUGCUGGCCCGCGAGCAGAAGCAGCAGCAAGCCAGGGGAGGGGGGCUGUGCGGCCCGUUCUCCGGCCCGGGCUCAGGCCCGCCCCGCUCCCCCAUGCCGGACGGCCGGGCCGGCGGUACGUUGACGGACGGACGGUGCAACACGGUGCUGGAAAUGAGUCAGAGGAAGCUGAGUCGUCUGAGGAACCGCAAGAUGUUGGACGACUGGACCACGGUGGAGGAGCUGCUGACACACGGGACCCGGCUGGACAGCCACGAGCACCCCCUGCUGGCACAUAGCCCCCUGCUCACUGUCACCACCGUCUAAAAUGAACUAACCCCCCCCGCCCCUCAUCCUUUGCGGGUGUCUGAUCGUAAUGCGCAGGCGGUCUCAGAACUUUAGCAGCACUGUUGUUGACCAAAUUCACACAAGCACCCCAGGGUACAUAACCUUUCAGCACCUUUUUUCAACUUAUAUUUCAAUAUUGAUCCUCGUGGAAGGGUCACACACAAAGUCCCAUAGAGCGAUGUUGCUCAAACUUUAUUGAUAUAUUAGAAAAAUCUCACGUCAUGACACGGCACCAAGCAAAAAGUCUACUUUUGGCACCAUUUGAUUUUAUUUGUUGAACUUUUCAUCCUCUUGAAUUAAGUUGGCUACUUUUUUAUUUGGGCAAUGGGAUUCUCAUAAAUAUUUGAUUUUGCUCCGAUGGGGCUGCUGUUUUUUUGAAUUUGAUAUUGAAACAAACAGCUUUCCUCAGAUUGCUCAUCGCCGAUGAUUUAAAAUGCUACUAUUUGCAACAAAAGCAACAUUUCAGAGCAGCUGGGAUUGUGUCAUAAAGCAACAACAACAACAGAUUGUGCAAGAAAUUUACAUUUGAGUUGUUUUUGAGACGUGCUGCAUACGGCACAUCUGGCUUGACGCGGCUGCGUGUUUACACACCGUACCUGCCCAUAUGUUUACUCACAAACAAUGCACGGACUGAAAGGAUUGGUGCGCAUCGAGCUGCUCGGAUCUCCAUGCGUCGGCAGGUCAAAGGUACAGGCAGGAUAUCGUGCAAUAAUACCUCAGUCUCAGUGCUGCAAUUUUAAAGGCAGGACCCCCCCCCCCCAAAAAAAAGCUGCACAAAGAUCCUUGUAGAUAUUUAUAUAUCAAGAGGGACCGAAGAUAACAAACGAUUUUUGCACAUUUUUCGUUUUAUACAAAGUUAUAAGAGGUUUUCCCUACCUAUCGCUCUCUCACAGGGACCGAGGCCAGUGGAUGACUGUAGAUAGAACACGUGCGUGCGUGUGUGUGAGUGCGUGCGUGUGUGUGUGUUGAUGUUUUAUUUAUCAACUAUCAUUCAAAAAAAAAGAAAAAAAACACUUGACGUGUUUGAACAUAUUUCAAUAUUUUUCUUACUGUACUGCAUUUGUUUUGGUAAAGAUGGGACUCUAAUUUGUUUUUUUCUUCAAGUGAACACAAAUUGUGCGAUUAUUCUUGUCUCCUAAUUAAAUUUGACUGUUGUUUUGUGUCACUCAGUCGUGCGUACUUGCGUAUAUAUUGAUUUGGUCAGGUGCGGCCAGCGGGGUACUGGUGAAGACGGUGCCGGUAGAAACAAGAUGUGAAGCUUUCAUGUUUGAUUCUGUACAACUAUUGCUGUUGAUUUGGAGGCUGUACAUAAAUGGCAUUGACACGAUAGUUCCAGCUCUUUUUUUUUUCUAGCAAAACUCGGACGAAUGAUGCCGUCUUCCAAACUAUCAUUUAAUCAUAUUUCCUCACCACCAAUCCCUAUUUGCGUAUAAAAUAAAUAAAUAUCGCUGGGUCUCUCUCAUCCC